AUGUCUCUAUUAAAGUUAUCGAAUCUAUUACUGCUACAUAUCAUAUCACAGAUAGAUAACGGAGAUACAGUAUGUUUGUUGUUAACUUGUAAACAGUUAUAUCGUAAUGGUAGUGUUAGAAGAUUGAUUAGAUUCAAAGGCAUAGAAGCGAUCACUGACAAGGGAGAGAUAUCAAAGCAGUUUAUAGCAACAGCUACUCAAUUCAAACUCAACACAUUUAAAGAUAUAUUGGAGAAUAGUGUAUCUGAUCAACAUGUCAUCUUUGGGGAAUUCUGUGUACUGUCUCCAAUAGUCGACACCUAUCCUCAAUGGAUACAACAACGUAUAUCGGCUACUAUAGACAGAGUUGACAAGAAUAACAUUACAACUGCUUUAGUAACCAAUUACCAACAACCAACAAUACAAUCACUCUACAACAUACCAUCAAUCAAGACACUAUUCAUCAUCAACAAAACAAAAAAAGAAAGACAAGAGUACCUUUUUUAUCAUAAUUAUAGUAAUUCAGUGGUAGAUCUUGGUUCUAUUGCAUUGUUGUCUCGUCUCGAACAUCUUUCGGUUUAUGGUGUAAAACAGGUGAAACUUGGUCAACAUACAACACUCAAAUCUCUGAAACUACAUGUUGGUACCUCAUACGCACUCGCCGACUUGGGACUCACCAGAUUCGUAUCGCUGACCGAUCUAAGCUUCAAGAAUCAUUUUGUGUCGAGAAUGGGACCAGAUCAAUUGCCAAUCAGUUUGACGUCACUCACUCUCACAUUGAGCAAGACACCUCCACGAGAUACAUUCCAUUCAUUAAAGUCACUCGUCAAACUCAAGAUCUGGCUACGAAAUCAAGGUGGACCAAUCUUUGAGGAGGAGAAAAAGGAGGAGGAGGAGCAAAAACAAGCAUUCAUCGAUCUCGAACAUCUACCCAACCUCGAGACAUUCAAACUCAUUGAUCGCAUUAACUACCCAAUUAUUUGCAAGUGCAGUAUCGAGAUUAGUGUCCCUCCUUCAAUCAAGACUCUUGCAAUCCGGUCCGAUUGGGCACACAUCCCAUCACAGUAUGUCAUGCCAUUGUUGAAGACACUGUGUGUGCAUGGAAAGGUAUUGGUUGAUGGAAAUGUCAGUCUAAAGUCCAGCCAAUCUCUCAAGAAACUGGUUAUUCACGAAUGUAAGGAUGUCAUUCCAGCCAAUAUCAUCCCAUCUACUGUUGAAAAGGUUACAAUACAUAAUCAUGCAAGAGAUUUAUAUAUACUUGGACAAGUUGUAUUCCCCCCGUCACUGACUCACCUAUCCAUCUCUGGGGACCCUGAAUAUAUAAAACCACCCCAAUCACUCGUUAAACUAAGGCUUGGAUAUAAAGGUUCAAUCGUACUGCCUCUCGGUUUGAAAAAACUGUCGUAUUGUAGUACUGGCUCUUCAUGUCGUUUGAUGACAUUCCCAUCCAACUAUCCACCCAAUCUUGACACAAUCGAUCUACUCCAACUCAAAGUGGACCACCUUGUGAUUGACAAUAUACCGCCAUCUGUCACCAACCUAUUGAUGACAUUAGCAAAAAGUAGUGAUUGGUUGUAUGGUGGCCCUACAAUCUUUUCAAUCACCUCCAAGUUAACCAAAGACGUUGUCUCGCAACAACAACAAUGGCUACCACCCAGUAUCACACAUCUAACUUGCAAACUAUUGGGAGAUAUUUCGGAAUUUGUGUUUAGGUUGGAUGAAGUGAUCAACCAUACCAAUGUUAGAGAUUUAUCUAUCAUUAUUGACGAUUUUUCUCGUGGACCUCAUCCCACCUAUCAUUUUUCAAUUCAAAGAUUGGACACAGACAACAAUAAUGUAUUGGUAUUGGAGAAACAGACAAUGACAGGUGGAAUCAUCACUCAACGACGAAUAACAGUAAUCGACCAGCAACAACAACAAGAUGAUCAGCAGACACAGUAUCAUCCCAUCUAUUUACAUUUGGAUUCACACUCUGACCCUCCAUUUGAAUUGAAAUGGAGUUUUGUCAAAGACAGAUACUACGAUAAAGAUGAUGAUGAUGAAGAAAAUGAGAGCGACCACGAUGAUGAUAGUGAUGAUGAUAAAGACAGCGACAACGAUGACGAUUCUUCUUGGAACACAAAAUAUAUAUUGGAGAAUAGUGUAUCUGAUCAACAUGUCAUCUUUGGGGAAUUCUUUGAACAUUUAGACAACUAUCCUCAAUGGAUACAACAACGUAUCUCAUCCUCUACCAACAGAACUAGCUCUGACAAGAGUAACAUUACAACUGCUUUGGUAACCAAUUACCAACAAUCAACAAUACAAUCAAUCUACAACGACAUACCAUCAAUCGAGACACUAUUCAUCUUUAACAAAACAAAAAAACAUUAUUACUCAAAUAGUAAUACUAAUCCAGUUGUUGAUCUUGGUUCUAUUGCCUCAUCUCGAACAUCUUUCGGUUCGAGGUGCAAAAGAGGUGCAUCUUGGUCAACAUACAACACUCAAGUGGUGGGGGGAGGGCACCUCCCAUGCUGUGCGUGCCGCUGA